CUCUUCGUCCUCCUCCCGCUGCUCUGCGCGGCCCCCGAUGUUUCAAGGGGAAAUAAGCUUAAACAGAUGCUCCAGAAACGAGAAGCCGCUGUUGCCACGAAGCCCGAGGUGUCAAUGAAAGAAAGGGCGGCAAAGGAGUUCCUGAGCAGCCUGAGACGCCAAAGACGCCAGCUGUGGGACAGGAGCCAGCCCGACGUGCAGCAGUGGUACCAGCAGUUCCUGUACCUGGGAUUCGAUGAGGCGAAAUUUGAAGAUGACAUGUCCUACUGGACAAGCUUGGGGCGUGCUCGUAAUGAAUACUAUGGUGGCUACUACCAACACCACUACGAUGAAGAUUCACCAAUUGGCCCACAAAAUCCACACACCUUCAGGCACGGAGCAGGUGUCAACUAUGACGAUUACUGA